AAGGACGUAACAAAGGAGGAAGCGUUACACUGCCUGAUGAGACUCCUGCCAGAUCUGGUCUCAGAGAUGUUGGGCUCAGUCAAAUACAAACUCAGCUGGCAGACUGCACUGGAGUCUCUCCAGGAUCCAUACAUAAACAGACACUUGCUUUACUGCAUAUUUGACCUUCUGCUGGAGUUCCUGGUUCCUGAAAUACCUGAGGAGGACUUUCAGAGAAGCCUGCUGCAGACCCUCUCCAAGAACCCAGAGAAGCUGCUGGUUUGAAGAUAUGGCCAACAGGAACACCUGCAGGCCCAGCUUUUAACCUUCUUCAUCUUGACUUCAGCCAUGAGAGUGUGAGUGUAUCCUGUGAGCCUGAAUACUGACUUAAUUUAAAGCCUUCGGUCUGACUAAUAUAGAGUUC